GCAUCACCAUGGUCUGGAUUCCGCGAGAUAUCGCAGCUCGCUAUUUAGCCGAAACGACGCUGUUAAACGCCUAUAUCCUCACCCCAAUCUCCUCCACAGCCCUAAACAAACUCAAGUCCCGCUUCGAACACGGCGCCGCUCUCCACUACAAUCCACAGGUUGAAUUCAAUAUCCAGCACGCCCCAGACGAAUACAUUGGCAAAACACAUUCUUACAUACGCGCUAUGGAGAAUGAAGCAAAUCGCGAUUAUCCCUUUCUACUCAUCGAUGAAUGGGCUACCACAGACUGCGCGGUUUGGUAUAUCGACAGUUUCGCGGCUGAGUAUGAGUUGGAUGAUGACGGAACUGGAUUUGCAGCACCAUCUACAGAUGUACUUCACGAAAUACUUGUGAAGGCGUCCAUGGUGGCCUGGAUGCAUAAUGACGUGGAAAUUAGUUCGGGGCCAUCGGAGCAGUUGAUUCAUUCUGUAUACAAGAAUUACCGGACUCCUGUAAACAAUUGGCCGGAAAUUGCUGGCUGUGAAGAAGAGUUACGAGCGGAAGAAGAUGAGAAGAUGUGUAUAUUGUUUCAUGCUAGAGCGGGGAGAUGUGUUGCUGAGCCGGGGGAUUAUGAGGAGUGUACGGAUGAUGAGAUUGUCCAUAAUGCGGUUGCAAGACUGAAGCCGGAAGUUGCUGAGAGCAAUGGGAUGAUCAGUGAUUGGAAGUGGUUUCACACAGCAAAGGAAUUUGAUCUUGGGGACGGCACAGUGAAGCAAUUCCCACAAGGGAGCAUCUGGUUGGAUGUAGUUUUUGACACGAAGUUUGAUUGGCCUGAGUAUAAAUGGCCUAAGGGUUCUUUGUAA